AUGAGUGAAAUAUUCGAAUCAGAUGUUAUAGUAUUCCUUGGGACACCUGUAAAUCAAGAUGAACAUGAUAAAUUGGUAGAAAAGAUUGAAGAGGCUGGUGGAACCAUUGCUAGAGCAAUCAAUAAAAAGACUACAAUAGUUAUAUGUGAUGAUAUAUCAGUUGAUGUAUCAAAGGCAACUACACUAAGUGUACCUGUUGCAAAGAGUGAAUAUAUCAGUGAAUCAUUCAAAGCAGACAAGAGACUUGAACCAAAAGAUUACUUGCUCGCUGCAACUGACAAGAAGAGAAAGUCAAGAGAUGACACUGCUGAUAAUACUAAUAAUGACGAUAACAUGGAUGUUGAUGGUAAUGGUACGACUACUACAGUGUCAACUGCUGGAUCUACACCUGAUACUACAACCUCUCAAGAUGACCAAGCAAUUAAAAAGAAAAAGGUUGUAGUUGAUAUCAAUAGUUUCCUCAUUAAAGACAACAAAUGGUGUGGUACAUGUUCUGCAGGCGAUGAAAUAUACCCAUUCUUUUGGACACUUAGUGAUCGUGUUGGAGACGAUAUUUCAGGUGAGAUUGAAUGGCCAACACUGGAAGGUGCUAAAUCCAAGUUCCGUGGAACAGUAGAUUCAGUUGCUGAAACUGUUGAAUGGGAAGAAUACGAAGCAAUCUGUGAAGAGGAUCAAUUGGAACUGCCUCAAAAGUAUAGUGCCAAGUUUGUCUAUAAUCCAGCAUCUAGCAAACCACCUUCUCUUGAAGGCAAGACUACUACAGACCCAGCCGAACCAUCUACAUUCAAGAUUACACUCAACAAAAAGUCAUUGUCUAUGAUUACAUCUGCUGUACCCGCUGCUACUGCCUCUGCUGCUGCCGCUGUAACAACACCUCCACCUCCUUCUAUCCCCCUUUCAUUCUUGGUUGCUGGUGCCAGUUUUGAAGGUAACCUCAUCCAACAAUUCCCAUUGGUUCUAAAGAUCACCUCUAGAAAGAGUCCAAAAACAGUAGAAGGUACUAUUGAAUGGACGCAACUCUCUACCAAAACAAAGAUCAAGGGUACUGUCGACGGUGACCAAAUUCAAUUCACAGAAUACGAAGUGUUUGCUGGUGAUGGUGUAGAGUUGCCAGUUGAAUACAAAGGAAAAAUAGCUUCAAAAGAUACUACCAAAAAAGAUAUCCUUGGUGAUGAUAUUUUAAUUGGUGAUUAUAAAUUGGAUUCUGGUCCAAAAGGAAAAUUCGAAUUAAUCAAAUAA